UUGUUUUAGGUUUUUGACCCGAUCGGAACCAAACCGGUGCAGCGAGAUUCUCUGGAGUUUCAUUGUCAAUAGUUAUCAAAAAAAAAAAGUUGCAAUUUCAAUUCACGGUCCCUAAGGGCCGCCAAAAUGUUUGAGGUGGGUGGAGCCACUUUUACUAAAAUGGCUAUAACUCAUGAAUGGAAUGAGAUAUUUUCACCAAACUCAGCACACCUAUGUAAGAGCUCAUUCUGUGGUCGCAUGAAAAAGGACGCAGCGACUGGCCACUUGGUGGUGCUAUAACAGCAAAAAACCAAACAUGAAAAUGGCUAAUAACUACUUCACCAUUAGUCCAAUCGACUUGAAAAUUGGCAUGCAGUGUCUUUGUCUGAGGUGCCAUGUUUAUGUACAUUCACGUAUCUCAAAAAACAUGGCUGCCAUCGGCCAAUCAAGUUUGAGCAGCUAUCAGACAAGGUUAACGGAUGCCGAUCGGAACGAAACUCACUGGGCCUGUUUGACUCACAGUCCUAGAGGUCUGUGAGAAAUUCAAAAGAAAUCGGCCACCGGGGGCGCCUUCACGUUUUUCACAUAAGUAAAGGAUUAUGUAUCGAGCGAUUUUUUGCACACGCCCACGUCAUUCCUACCACAUGGUAGAACUCCUCAUUCUGAGCAACUUUGCCUCUAGGAGCGCCGCUGUCCAUCGAAUCGUUCGUUAAAUAUUGGAGAUUAUUUCAAAAACCAACUUUGGCGAACUAGUCCUAGGUUUUUGGCUCAACCUCGAUAACUGUUAAAAAGCUUUAUAAACCAUAUAUUUCUUACGGUAAACUGUAGUUUAGUUUUAUAGUGCAUCAUUUUUAAUCAAUCUCUAAUUUUGUGAAGUUGCAAGUAUUGCUUAAUUGCAUGCAUUUAGGAGACAUAAUAUAUAAAAUGAUUGCUAUGAGAUCAGUGAGUCUUUAAAAUGAAAUGUCCAGGAUGGUUCAGAAAAAAAGUAUUUAUUUAUUGUUUCUUUGUUUUUUAAUUAUUAUUUUAUUUUUUGUUGUUAUUAAAUAUUAUGUUAAAUCAUAAUUAUGGGUAUUGUUAGUAGAAAAAGUAAACUAGGGAGAGCAUGAAAAGUGUGAUCUCAGAGAGUUUACAGUGCUAUAGAAACCCAUCAGUGUCUGUUUCAGUAAAAGCCAAAUUAAAUUUACUCCAUUGAUCUGCCAGAUAAAACAUCCUUCAUUCUCUGUGCUUCUUUCUUUCCAUCCAUCAUCUGUCUCCGUCUGUCCCUCCCUCUUGUUUCUCUCUGUCUCAGACGCUGUAAGUCAUGAGAGGAUCAGAGUUCAUGUUAAUCAUUGAUCGGAGGUCCGUCUUCCUGCACUCAGAGAUCUUCAGUGUUUACAAUCAGUGCCGCUCUCUCGCUAUGUGCUUUACCUUUUCUUUCAUUAAUGAUGCUUUGCUGCAGUUUUCAAGUAGCAUUUUUGCUCCGAUAGUUUGCUCACAAUGUUGCGAGUCUCAUCCGUGUCUCUUACUUUAAUUCCAGUGUUCAUUUUAUGGGGCACAGAGUGUGUCCUGCUGCGAAAAGCUUCAAAACUGUGGCUGCAGCCGCUGAACGAGACGCACCUGCAGACUGGGACGUUUCCCAGCGGGUUCCUGUGGGGCGUCGGGACCUCGGCGUUCCCGACCGAAGGCUCCUGGGAUGCAGAUGGGAAGGGUGAGUCCGUGUGGGACCGUUUCACCCAUCAUUCCCGCACAGACAGAUCGGCCAGUGACAGUUAUGUUCAGUGGGAAGAGGAUUUGAGAUCGGUUCAGUAUUUGGGUGUGAAGUUCUACACCUUUUCUCUCUCCUGGCCCCGACUUUUCCCUGAUGGAGACAUAACUGCGAAUCCCAACCCAGCCGGAGUGGAACAUUACCGGCGUUUGAUCGGCAAGUUAAAGGAGCUUCAGGUGGAGCCUGUGGUGACUCUGUUUCACUGGGAUUUACCGCAGGUCCUGCAGGAGCGCUUCAGAGGCUGGCUGAACCGGAGCAUGGUGGACGUCUUCGCAGAUUACGCUGCGUUUUGUUUCCAGACGUUUGGUGGGGAGGUUCGAUACUGGCUUACCAUGCAUAACCCUUUUCUCCUGGCCGUUCAGGGCUACGGCACGGGGGCUCACGCUCCGGGGGUCAUCGGAGACCGCGCCGACCCCUUCAUCGCUGCACACAACCUCAUCAGGGCUCAUGCUAAAGCGUGGCACAUCUACGACAAACUCUUCAGACCUCAUCAGGGCGGUAAAGUCUCCAUCACUCUCGGCUCUCAUUGGGUGGAGCCUCUUCACGGUCAGGCCUCGCCAGCCAAUGUGGAGCUCUGUCAGAAGUCCAUGGAGGCUGUGAUUGGCUGGUUUGCAGAGCCCAUAUAUGGAAGUGGAGAUUAUCCAGAGUCCCUGAAGGCCUCGAACCGAGGUGUAAUCCCAGAGUUCACUCCUGAUGAGAGGCUCUAUGUGAGGGGAACCGCAGACUUCUUCUCCUUGGCCUUCGGGCCGGAGACCCUGAGGGUGGGCCGAGGAUUGGCCCGGUUCGGGCAGACGGUGACGCCGGACUUGAGGAGCGUUCUGGUCUGGGUUCAGCAGAUGUACGGUGAUCCGCAGGUGCUGGUGGCAGAGAGCGGAUGGUUCUCUGAUGCUUCUGUCGGAGUCGAGGACACUGUGGCCAUUUAUAUGAUGAAGAGGUUCAUCAUCCAAGUCAUGCAAGCCGUUUCCGUGGAUGGAGUGAGUGUGUUUGGAUACACAGCCUGGAGUCUGGUGGACGGUUUUGAGUGGAAUCACGGUUACAGCGUGCGGAGGGGAUUGUUCUACAUCGACUUCAGUCGACCCGAGCGCCACAGGCUCCCGAAGACCAGCGCACGCUUCUACAGACGGCUGGUCCAGGACAACGGCUUCCCUGCCGACAACACGAAACACAUCGAGGGCCGAUUCCCCUGCGACUUCCAGUUUGGUGUGUCAGAAUCAGUAUUACAGGUGCAUCUGCGUCCAUUCUCGCCGCAGUUCACCGAUCCGCACCUGUACCGCUGGAACUACUCCGGCGACGGCGUUCUCAAACCCGUGACGGGCAUCGUGCUUCACACGCGGGCGGCGCAGUGCACUGACUUCCUGUACAUUCAGCGUCACCUCUUUCUCCUAGGGGUCACGGGGUCAUCACACUACCGGUUUGCCCUGGACUGGACCCAGCUCAUGCCCAGCGGCGACCCGUCGUCUGUGGAUGCGGAGAAGGUUCGGUUCUACCGGUGUGUGCUGAGCGAGCUCGUCCGCAGAGGAAUCCAGCCGGUCGUGACCCUGUAUCAUCCCAGCAACAGGUCGCCCUCACUGGGUCUGCCCGAACCGCUGCACGCUAACGGCGGCUGGAGAAACGACAGUGUCGUGGAGGCCUUUGUCAAGUUCGCCACAUUCUGUUACCAGGAAUUUGGUGGCUUGGUACCGACGUGGAUCACCAUUAAUGAGCCGAACCGGCUAACGGAUGCGUACGGCGGGACGGCUGAGGACAGACGAACGGUAGCGCGUCACCUGCUCCUGGCGCACGCGAAGGCCUGGCGCGUUUACGACACGCGGUUCCGGCUGCAGCAGGGGGCGGCGGUUAGCAUCGCGCUUCAUGCUGAUUGGGUAGAACCGGCCAAUCCGUUCGUAGAAUCACAUGAAGAUGCACAGCAGCAUUUUUUGCUGUUCGAACUGGGCCGUUUUCUCGACCCUCUGUUUGAGGGGCGUGACAGCGCUCUGAUUGGCUUCACCGACGAUGAAAGGGAGGAGCUUAAAGGGGCGCUGGAUUUCAUCGCUCUGAAUCACUUCACAACACGUCUGGUGUCACCGCUGCACCAACCGUCACCACAGAACCCAAACCCACCCAAACCGCCGAACCAGGACCACGGCUUCUCGCUAAUGACUGACCUCACCUGGCCGUCAUCACACAUGAGACAGGCGCUCGUGCCCUGGGGCCUCCGCAGGAUGCUGGGGUGGGUGAAGAAUCGCUAUGGCAACGAGCUGCCCAUCAUUAUCACAGCAUCAGGGGUGGAUGACCACGCACCCCAUAAUGACCAGCUGAGACAGCGCUAUAUCAGAGACUACCUGCAGGAGGCGCUGAAGGCUCGUGAGUUGGACGGCGUCAAUCUAAGAGGGUUUUAUAUCUGGAAGCUUCAAGACCAUCACGACCUUCAGUUUGGCCUCUUCAGCUCCGCCGCUCAUCACUCUCGACCCAAAGCGUCCGUCAGCCUUUACCGUGACAUCAUCACCCACCGCGGCUUUCCGUCCGCCGCUGACCUUCGACCUUUCCCCUGCCAGGUCGCGGACAACCGGACGAGCUGUGAAUUCUGUACGCACAUCGCAAAGAACAAACCGCUGCUGUUCUUCAGCGCGUGCGUGUCCGUCAGCGUGUCGAUGCUCAGCGUGCUCAUCAUCAUCUCUGUGCUGAGGAAGAGGAGGAGGAGGAGGAUGCCGAUUAGCGUCAGGCCGCAGAGACUCGCUGUCCAGCAGAGGUUCCCCAUGAUGAGGGUGGCAAACAGAACAAGGCACUUGCACCGUUAAUCGGCAAAUUCUUUUUCAAAUGAAACAAUUAAACACAGGAAAAUGUGCAUAAACACACUGGAGUCCACCGCACACGAUUAAGCAUCAAAUAUCUCCAGAUUGGCUGUGAUUGUGUCGCAUUACAUCUGGUAGGGUUUGGUGUAGAAACACUUACAAUAGAAUUAAAUGGGCAAACACGAUACACUUUAAAAUGAACACAUGUAAGUACAGCCCAAAUGUGUUAACAUAAGCCUUGUGUGAUGGAACUGUAGACUAACCCAAAAUCUGAUAAACCCUGGAACCUUUGCACGAUACAAGGAUACAAGAAAAAGCACUUGUUAUACAUUGAGAAAAAUAUACACAUGGGAAUUUUGUCGGUAUCACCAGAAGUUCAUCCGGCUAAAAUAGUAAUCUGAACUCAAAUAUGUUGAUGUAGACAUUAGACAGCUCAAAUAAUGCAUAUUUUUUUAGGGAAUAAUUAAUGUAAGUGCUUUAACAAAAAUACAAGAAUCACAUUUCUGUUUUAAACCCUACAGAAUGAUUCCUUCAUUUACGUCCAUUGUAAGAAGCUGUUGUGUUGAACUGUUAGGAAGGAUUGUGUUGAUCUGUAAGUGGCACUGAAAUAUUUUUGUAGGAACUGUAUUGAUAUCUGUCUUUCCAGAUCUGUCCGCUAGGGGGCGCUGCUGCAUCUAAUUUGCAUCUAAAUUAUUAAUGGUUCAGUUUCACUUUUUGGACAUUUUGAUGGACUUAAAGUGGAGUAGAGGGAGUGCUAAAGGAAAACAGAAUUAAUUUAACGAUGAAUGUGUGCUGUUUUGUAAUACUGUAAAUUAUAGGCUUAACAAUAAAUAUUAUAGUUUGAGAA